GCGUUCCCCUUUUCCGUUCCGGCCCUGCCUCGGCUAUCUUGGCCGCGUUGAGCAAGAUGGUGAAGCUGACGGCGGAGCUCAUCGAGCAGGCGGCGCAGUACACCAACGCCGUGCGGGACCGGGAGCUGGACCUGCGCGGGUAUAAGAUCCCUGUGAUUGAAAACUUGGGUGCUACCCUGGACCAGUUUGAUGCUAUUGAUUUCUCUGACAAUGAAAUUCGGAAGUUAGAUGGGUUUCCGCUGCUGAAAAGAUUAAAAACAUUGUUGGUGAAUAACAACAGGUUAAGCCGAAUAGGUGAGGCACUUGAACAAUCUUUACCAAAUCUCAGGGAACUGAUCCUUACGAACAAUAACAUAAUGGAAUUGGGAGAUCUAGAUCCUUUGGCAACCAUCAAAUCACUGACAUACUUAAGUAUUUUGAGAAAUCCUGUGACAAAUAAGAAGCAUUAUAGGUUAUAUAUAAUCUAUAAGAUCCCACAAAUCAGAGUGCUGGAUUUCCAAAAAGUGAAAUUAAAAGAGCGUCAGGAGGCAGAGAAAAUGUUCAAGGGCAAGCGGGGUGCACAGCUUGCAAAGGAUAUUGCCAGGAGAGCAAAAACCUUCAACCCAGGUGCUGGUUUGCCAACUGACAAAAAGAAGGCUGGCCCCUCCCCAGGGGAUGUGGAAGCUAUCAAGAAUGCCAUUGCUAAUGCCACAACUCUGGCUGAAGUUGAGAGGCUCAAGGGCUUGUUACAGUCUGGUCAGAUACCUGGUAGAGACCGUAAAACAGGCCCUUCAGAUGAGACCGAAGAAGAAAUGGAGGAAGAUGCAAUUGCCAAUGGAUCUUAAAAUGCAACUUGUAGAUAGAGUGCAGAAUGUUAUACCAUUGUUUGUCAAAAUCUUGUGAUCUAUUGCUGAAGAGAAGUCCUUUGUUUAGAUUUUGUUCAGAAGCACUAUUGUAGUUUGUAAAUUUUAUACUAUACAUUUUGAAAUAAAACAUUUUUUCCAAGUGCA